AUGAGUCCCCGCUCGUGCCUGCGUUCGCUGCGCCUCCUGGUCUUCGCCGUCUUCUCGGCCGCCGCGAGCAACUGGCUGUACCUGGCCAAGCUGUCAUCAGUGGGGAGCAUCUCGGAGGAGGAGACGUGCGAGAAGCUCAAGGGCCUGAUCCAGAGGCAGGUGCAGAUGUGCAAGCGGAACCUGGAGGUGAUGGACUCGGUGCGCCGCGGCGCCCAGCUCGCCAUCGAGGAGUGCCAGUACCAGUUCCGGAACCGGCGCUGGAACUGCUCCACGCUCGACUCGCUGCCUGUUUUCGGCAAGGUGGUGACGCAAGGGACUCGGGAGGCGGCCUUCGUGUACGCCAUCUCUUCGGCAGGUGUGGCCUUUGCGGUGACGCGGGCGUGCAGCAGUGGGGAGCUGGAAAAGUGCGGCUGUGACCGGACGGUACACGGGGUCAGCCCACAGGGCUUCCAGUGGUCGGGAUGCUCGGACAACAUCGCCUAUGGCGUGGCCUUCUCACAGUCAUUUGUGGACGUGCGGGAGAGGAGCAAGGGGGCCUCGUCCAGCCGGGCCCUCAUGAACCUCCACAACAACGAGGCCGGCAGGAAGGCUAUCCUGACUCACAUGCGGGUGGAGUGCAAGUGCCACGGGGUGUCGGGCUCCUGCGAGGUAAAGACGUGCUGGCGAGCCGUGCCGCCCUUCCGCCAGGUGGGCCACGCGCUGAAGGAGAAGUUUGACGGCGCCACGGAGGUGGAGCCACGCCGUGUGGGCUCCUCCAGGGCGCUGGUGCCGCGCAACGCGCAGUUCAAGCCGCACACAGAUGAGGACCUGGUGUACUUGGAGCCCAGCCCGGACUUCUGCGAGCAGGACAUGCGCAGCGGCGUGCUGGGCACGAGGGGCCGCACGUGCAACAAGACGUCCAAGGCCAUCGAUGGCUGUGAGCUGCUGUGCUGCGGCCGCGGCUUCCACACAGCACAGGUAGAGCUGGCCGAGCGCUGCAGCUGCAAAUUCCACUGGUGCUGCUUCGUCAAGUGCCGGCAGUGCCAGCGGCUCGUGGAGCUGCACACGUGCCGGUGACCGCCGCCCAGCCCUGCGCCCAGCAACCACCUAGUGGCCCAGGGAAGGCCGAUAAUUUAAACAGUCCCGCACCACC